AUGGGACGAAUCAAGUGUCCCACAGAGGGAUGCUCAGCCCAUUUCUCCAGCCUGAUGGGAUAUCAGUACCACCAGAAGCGAUGUGGACGGGACUCUUCUGAGGAUGACAAGCCUGUGUUUGUCUGCCAGCACUGUGGGAAAUCCUAUCGUUCAAAGGCUGGGAAAGACUACCACAUUCGCACAGAGCACUUGAGUCUGAACACAGACACCAACAACAACACAGGAAAAGAGCGGGACUCUGAGAAACCACCAUCGGGGCAGAAGAAGGAGCACAGCGUCCCUGAGAAAAGGGACUGGCCGAUUGACAACGCCGCGGUCCAAGCGAAGGACAAGCAGAAAAAGCCUCCAGUGAAGGACAGAGAUAAAGAGAAGAAGGUCACGGUGCAGCCCUCUCAGAACAGCUCCAGUUCAGCUCCGGAUGACCUCGAACGCACCCCCAGCGGCAGAGUGCGACGCCGAUCUGCGCAAGUCGCAGUUUUCCACCUUCAGGAGAUCGCUGAAGACGAACUGGCCAAGGACUGGGGCACGAAGAGACGCAUCAAGGACGAUCUGGUGCCUGACACUAAACGGUUAAACUACACUCGACCGGGUCUUCCUCACUUCAGCACUGAGCUUUUAGAGUCGUGGAAGAACCAAGUGAAGGAGAAGGGCUUUAUCUGCUGCAUAAAUGAAAACUGUGAAGCUGUCUACUCCAGCGUCUCAGGACUAAAGGCCCAUCUCGCCAACUGCAGCCAGGGAGGAGGAGAGCUGGGCAAGUACACGUGUCUCAUCUGCCAGAAGGAGUUCAGUUCAGAGAGCGGCGUCAAGUACCACAUCAACAAGACGCACUCACAGAACUGGUUCCGAGCUUCAGAAACUCAAGGUGUCACCUGCGGCGGCAGCGGCAGCAGCACUAGCAGCAGCACUAGCAGCAGCACUAGCAGCAGCAGCGUCAAAAGCAAAACUUCGACGGAGGAACAGGUACCGAAAGCGGAGGUAAGAAACGGAGCCACCAGCGUCAGCAAGAAGCGGGGACAGAAGGCCACAGAGCUCCCCCUGGUGGCCUCAUCUCCCUUAACAAACAAUGACGCUUCAACCACCACCCAGAGCUCUUCCUCCUCCGACGACGACAGCCCCUCCUCCACGCCACCGCGGUCUCCGGAGGUAUCGGAACCCACGAACACAUCACCCAAUGCAGGUCAAGAACACCCCACCGACACCACCUCAUCCAGCAAACGAAACAAACCUGCAAAGCUGUCUUUACCGGUGUAA